GAAAUUCCCAACUAUUAGUCUGCUACUACUUUCACUAGCCACUAGGGAGACUAGGGUAAGCUGAAUCCUAUAUUUUAUCUAUCGGCCCCAGGGCAGAGCUAGCUUGAGGCGGUAUGGUCCAGCUCCCAAUAUAAUUACGGGGCUAAGCAAACGUGAUGAUGGCUGUGCAAGCACAGCGAGACGUAAGGCCAAAGACGGCGGAGUCUCGCGCGACGCACAAACUAAAUUUUGAGUUAGCCGCCCGACGACUUAUGGCGACAAAUAUCUCUGACGCAUUGCGUUGUGCAACUGACAUACGCGAAAGAAUUGUAAGUUAAGGAGCCUUUGGACGAUACGCAUAAUUUAAUGUUUGCAGGAGAUCGUACACACAUCUGAAUAUGCGAACUUCCUAAGGCAUCUGUUUCCCGCUUUUCGAACUAUUCUCCUGCGCAGCCCAGCUACGCAUCCUGCAGAUGGCGUCGAUGUAAGAUUCCGCCAUCUUGUGCUAGAGAUCAUGAAUAGACUUCCAAAUAAUGAAGUUUUGCGGCCAUAUGCGCCAGAGCUCCUACGAAUUGCCACAGAAACAUUAUCCCGCGACACAGAGGAAAAUGCCCUCACAUGCCUACGAAUUAUAUUUGAUUUGCACAAAAAUUUCCGUCCUGCUCUAGAGGGUGAGGUACAGUGCUUCCUUGACCUAGUGCAACGCAUCUAUCGACUUCUUCCCACAUCAAUCAACAAAGCGUUUUUUAUCUCGCUUCCAGAUCAACGUAGGUUGCUCAGUAUUUUUUUUUUAAUGUAUUCUCAUUCUUAGGUUCACCAGCAGUGACUGCGUCAGGUGUCUUUAAUCGCCCUGGUCAUCUUCAGAAAUGUGAGGCAUUCUCCGUUACACGGACAAUACCUGAGCAAACGGUGACUCUUGAGUCUGCUCCACGUGCGCAAUCGGCGGCGGCUAUAUCAGCUCUUCAGGGUCUGGACUCUUUCAAAGUACUAACCGAGUGCCCGCUGAUUGUGAUGCUCUUAUUUCAACUAUAUCCAAAAUAUAUCCAAGAGAAUAUUCCCUUGCUCACACCGCUGAUGAUGGGUGGUCUAGCACUACAUGCGCCUAUUCUAGCACAUAAACUUCAACGUAAUCGAUAUAAAGAAUUCAUUGCAUGUCAAGUUAAGACCUUAUCAUUUUUGACUUACUUGCUACGCGGAUUCUCAGAGUUGAUGAAACCUUACGAGGAGGCAAUUUCAAAGGCUGUCAUCACUCUGAUGAUCGCAUGUCCCGGCGAUGCGAUUUCUACCAGAAAGGAACUCCUUGUUGCUACUCGUCACAUUCUUGCUACCGAGUUCCGUCGAGGAUUUUAUCAACACAUAGAUACCUUACUCGACGAAAAUGUGCUCAUUGGCGUUGGUCAUCCAAGCCGAGACACGCUUCGACCUCUCGCAUUUUCGACACUGGCAGACUUGGUCCAUCACGUCCGUGCAGAGCUGAGCAUAUCCCAGCUCUCAUGUGUAGUAUUGCUCUUCUCGAGAAAUUUGCAUGAUCCGGCACUUCCUUUAAACGUCCAAACAACAUCCGUUAGAUUACUGCUGAAUCUGGUCGAUUUUAUUUUUCAUAGCGGUGGGUCGGAAAAAGCUAACGGAAAGCGUUUGCUGGUCCACAUUAUGAAAACAAUGGUCGCAAAGUUUGAUACCCUGCGCUUUCACAUGAUACAGAUCAACUAUAGUGUGCAAAGGCCCGGAUGUAAUAUGAUGUGUCGUCAGCUUAAUUUUAGCAAGUGCAAUAGUACCACAGGUAGGACCGAAAGCUCUCCAAUUACUACAACAUCUGAUUCUACACCCACUGAUGGUAUGGCAGACGUGCGACCACUGAUCCAAACUUUAAUUCGGGGCUUGAAGACUGUUAUUUGGUGCAUAUCACACUACUCACGAAGCUCAAAGCCCAAGCCCAAUAACCUGUCUGAGCAAGGGAGUGGUAAAGGGUGGGGGGGUCGCCUGGCGAAUCAGAUUCACAUGCGAACAUCAGCCAACAACGACUUCUCGUAUUCCCUUUCCCACGACGAGGCCGAAACUAUUAGUCUCUUCUUCUAUUGGGGAUUAAUAUGUUGUCGCGUGAUUGCAAGUGGAAAUAAAGUACAGAAGAAAGAGCUGAAGGAGAUUCUAGACAAUUUCGCUAGUGCAUUUACUGUCCUUGAACACUCCAAUAUCCUGCCCACCGUCGGUCAGCACGUACCAAUGUUGUUUGAUGCCAUGCUAGAAUCUCCAUCAUUACUAGCAAUAACACAAACUCUUCUUGCCAAUUCCAAUGUAUCAGCAACGUUCGCUGAUAUCUUGAUUCGAUACCUUAUGGGGAAGCUUGGCGAACUCUCAGGUUUUGAGUUGUUUAAUGACCAUUCUGUUCUCAUGUCGCAAUCACACGGUGGCCUAAGUCAGCCGACGCCAGUCUAUAAAGCAACAUCUAAAGAUAUUGUCAAUAAUGCUGCCAGGGUUUCUCCGCCCGUGCGCGCAUCAACGGUCUUGCGUCUAUUUCGAAUAAUUCUUGGCUCAGUGGCAUUGUUUCCUCAAAAUGAAAUCAUUCUUAGGGAUCGUCUCCGCGUGCUGGCCUGUGCCUGCUUGCAGCAUGCCGUGGUGGUAGACGAGCCCAUGGCCUAUUAUCUCCUGCUCCGUUCCAUAUUUAGGUCGGUUUCAAGCUGCCUUGCCCCUGAGGUCUUCGAACUCAAGUCUAAUCAGGCACAAUUAGGAGAAACAUCCGCCUUUGUACUCACAACUUUGAUUCGACAGCGCUCACAUGUGGAACGGUCAUCUUUGAUUUGCUCGAUUCUUACUGAAUUAUGCAUGACAGUGCCGAUAGCUCUAGCCAAAUUGGUUCCAUUUUUGCCGCGCCUGCUCCCCCUCGUCGCCAAUGCAGUACAAAUUCAAUCCGGUGAUCUCCCUUCAUUGGGGUUGAGAACCUUUGAAUAUUACCUGGAUCACUUGGGUCCCGAGCACUUGAUUUCUUUGAUGCGCGGCCAACCUCAGUUACAUGCCUUGACGAUGCUUGGUGUCUGUAGCCACCUUCGACCUGCUCCCUAUGCACUCGGAACUAUUGCACUCCGCAUACUUGGGAAGUUGGGCGGACUGAAUCGCCGAUUCCUAGAGCCCUCCAGUGGUUUGCUCCCAAGUUUGGCACCCGCUGGCAGUGCUCAUCGUGGCCAGACUCGCUGCAAUGAAAAGAACAAAAGCUUGUCAAUGGGUGUUCUUUUGAGAUGGCGAGGAUUCUCCUGUGAAUGGUCGGGUACUUCCAGUCUAACUGAGCUACCUCCGAGUAAUGGGAACGAGAAGAAUGUGCCUUUUGUGCUUGGUGUAGAACCCUAUGUUAUUCACGUAUGCGAGUUGCUUUACUCACUUAUAAGAUGCGGUUUGGAAAAAAAGACUGGUCCAACUACUGCUGUUGUUGGUAAUUUAGCAUUAGUACAUCGAUAUCAAAUUCUAUGUUUUCGCCUGCUUUCAUGCAUCUUAUGCUCUUCGUUUGAGCUCCCAGUUUGGCCACAGCAUUCCGAUACAUCCCAUCGAGGCCUUUCAUCCCCAGCUAACAAACCCACUUACAACAAAGAGUUUGGCAGUAGUGAUCUGCCUGCAAAUCCAGGAUCUAAUACACAAUUGUGUCGCUUAAUAUACUUGAUUCUUUGUGCUGCAGCACAUCCCAAGCUAGAACUAGAGGGGACUCCCUUGCUACAAUCCCUUAGCUUCAUAUUUGCGCUCUUAUUGCAUUCUUCGUACGAUUGUGGAAGGGAGGCGACGGAGACAGCAAUCGUACGAAGCGCAGGAGAUAGCACUCACUGCGAAGCUGCAGAGAAAAAAAAAACUAUCCCCUCGAACGGAAGAAGGAAGCGCAAAUAUCUUUUGCCAGUUGAAAAACAGUCAAUGUGCACCUUUACAUCAGCCCUGCUUGAAGCCGCGACAGACCGUUGCUUCAGGGUUGCAAAUGCAGCUCUUGGUGCUCUGAAAUACCACAUGGGUUGCGUGUACUUCCUUGAGUUACGAACGCCCAGGGCAGUUUCUAAGCCUAGCUCGCAACUCAUCACUGAUCUUAUUUCGCGUAUCUGUCUUUCGCUUCGUGAGUGGGAUCUGCCAUCUCGCAGAAAUAUUUCUCAGAUAUUGUAUCAGCUUCUCACCACAUUUGGGCAUGCGUGGGCACGUCCCAACAAGCACAUGCUUGCAGGUUCUCUGCUGAGCUCCCUUGCACUUGAUGAUUUUGGUAUAACACUGUUGAGUCAAGGUGGUAUUGCGCAAGCGCUUCACGUGCUAUUACAAACUGCCUGUGCAGCCACCAACGAGAUUCAUCUCCUAGUGCACGUUCUCGCUCGCGAAAUAACAUGUUUUGAUCCAGCUGUGCGUCUGGGGGCUCAAAGUGGACUCUUUGAGCUCAACAGAUUAGCAGGGCUGCCCCUUAUGUCGUCCAACUUUAUGAAGCCGAUUGCUCCCAAGCUGACGCACAUUUUAAUGACUUGUCACCUCAACCCGGAGAUACGGACUCAUAGCGCUGUAGGUGCUCUUGAUGCUCUGAACUACAUCAUGUCUUUGGAACCUUGUCCAAUUCUGCCCAGCAUCGAGCUGCAAGAUUGUUUGCUACAAUGUAUUCAAACGCAUUGCUGCACAUUGGACUGUACCUCCAAGUAUGCAGAUGAAAAUCACGGUCAUUUUGGAUGGACAUCACACUCCGCGCGGUUUUGUUCUGCAUUCAGCUCUUGCUUAUUGUACCAUAACACGUCUUCUUCACUGACCCAUCCUGAUCGUUUACAGGCAGCCGCUUUAAGGGCAAUUCAUAGUAUGGUUAGAGCAGCUAAACGAAUAGCAUCGGGUGCAGUAAAGGAUAGCAGUCGAAGCCAAGAUGUCGGCAACGAUUACAACAAAUUCAUGCAUGAAAACAUCCCACCUAAUCGACAACGCAAAAUAAUCGAAGUGGCACUCAUCUCAAUGACAAAUACCUCGGUGAAUAUGAUUGUACACGCCUCUGUUUCCUUACUUCAAGAAACACUUGCACUUGGCAAAUCUCAUGCAGAAACGUGUGACAGACAUAUGAAUACGUUUAUAGUUCAGGUGCCAUUGAGCUUGACGAGAAUUAGCCUCUGGUACUUGAAUAAGCUCAACAAGCUAUUGUCGUUGCCAGCUGCCCACAAGAUGAGUAGGGGCGUGCUCACCUCUUCUUUACUAAGCCUAUUGGAGGACUUUUGCCGUCCAGAGAAGAUGUUCGCCAUCCGAUCAUGGGCUAGCACUCAUCCCCUGGAGCUUGCAGCAAAAUGUAUAAUGUUGAUAACGCGCAUCAGCUGUCACCAACCACAGGAGGUCGGUAUUCUGCCCAUGCUGACAUCGGUGGUCGUGGUCGUCCUGAGACUUGAAGCUCUCAUUCCAACAUACUUCCGGGCUUAUUUGCAACUUGAUGUGACUGGGAACGUAAGGCAUUUUUUGUCUUGGCGCGCUGCAUAUUUCUCUUCCCUAGCUGGUGUUGUUAGGCUUGGAUUUUCGCCUUUCCGCGCUCCGCUUGCGCAAUUGCUGUCAUCACAUGCUUCGACAGCAACACAAUAUUUCCUUAGCUUUCAUACUCUUACAGACCCUCAUUGUGUAUCACUCUUACGCGGCUUACUGCAUAUUCGAGAAGCAGGUGAUUUAAAAGCCCGAAUUUUAAGCUCAGAAGGAAUGAAAUACUUGUUAAAUGCUGCGUUUAAAAACCAUAUGGCACGUAUUGCAGAUGGGUGCUUUGCUCGCAAGCAUUUCAGGAGAUACUCUCAAGAUCAACAAGGAUUCCGAUCAUGCACGACGAAGAGUCGUUUCUGCCAGUCACAUAAUUCUGAUGCGCUGUCUUUUGCCGGUCUGUCAACACUGCUGCAAGAUAGUUCGUGGGCAGACCUUGCUCGAACGAAGGAUGUUUCGUCGUCCACAAUUACUAACAAGGCGCAAUUCCAUGGGCUACUAGUGAUAACCACUUUGUAUCAGUUGGAUCCUUGCAUCUUUACGCGCCAUAGUAUCCUCGGAAAAAUUCUUGUUUCGAUCUGGCGAACUCGGCCACCUUGGAUGAGUGAAAAAUCCUACGAAAAGAUUUGUGCCAGUGAGGGUAGAUCCUUGAAAGGCCACAAGCAGGUUUUAAAUGCAGAGAUAUUGCGCAAUCACAAAGAAACGUUCUUGAUUAUCCAAGGCCUGAUUGGUUACUGUCGUUCACAUUCUGCAAAAAUACAUGUCUUGUUCGACAUGCUCUCUGUUUUUAUAUUGCCCAGCCCCAUUGACUUUACCUUUCUGAAGGACUUUUAUUCCAGAGAAGUAGCGCUCACCUGGAGGCCAAAUCACAAAAGAAGCAUUAUGCUAUAUUUCCUUCGAGUUCUUGCAGAUCAGGGUACUAUGAUGGAGUUAAAAGUGAUGGCAUUGCGUCUAAUUGUGACUCCAAUGCUGGUAUCAACCUUUGAAGGCAGAAACUUGGCUUCAAAGAAAACUGAUAUUUUACUUGAGAAAACUAGCAUUGUGGAUUCGGGGACGAUCACUCUAUUCAUGCGCUGUGCGCUUGACAAUACAAAUUGCAAGACGCAACGGUAUAGUGAGGCUCUUCGCGUCGAGUUACUCAAACUAACAACAGUAUUAAUCGAGCAUCUCGGCCCAGAAUUAGUGGAACACAGGAAAGAUCUGAUCAAGUUUGCAUGGAAUCAUCUCAAAUCUGAUGAUUCGCUGUCAAAGCAAUGGGCUUAUGUUAAUGUGUGUCGAUUUGUCGCCACAUAUGAGACGCCCCCAAAAAUCAUACUCCAGGUUAUCACUCUACAUUUACUUCAUCUGCCUACCAGUGCUCCUGUAGGUCUACGUAGCUUUGCUGCGAACAUUUCAACCUGAGGCACGUGAAUUAGUCAAGGUUGCUCUUGAUAUAUUGAUACCAGCUCUGCCAAAACGACUUCCCAUCAACGAUUUUGUUAAGGCAGUUAAGUGGACCAAGAAAAUCAUGUAUGAGGAAGGACAUGCACUAGCUCAGCUUGUUCACAUGUGGCAACUCGUUGUUCGCCACCCUGGACUAUUUUUCCCUUAUCGGUCACAGUUCAUGCCUCAAAUGGUAAAUUCAUUGAAUCGCUUGGGUCUACCACCUAAUUGUCCAGUAGAAAACCGACAAUUGGCGGUUGCCCUGGCUGAUUUGAUUAUGAAUUGGGAGUCUAAGAUUGGUCACAAGGAGGCACGUGCAACUACUGCGGAGAAAAAUCUAAAGCCUAUUGUGGGCUCAUCAAAACAAUCGCAAAUUGACGACGACUUUCAUUUGACUAUGACGAUGAUCGAAAUGGUAGCUAAUUUCCUUGUCCGGUUGGCUCUUUUUGCCUCCGACAAUAAAGAACCUGCUGUGCAGCAACUAGCACCACGCUGCCUGCUGCUGUUCGAUACCACGUUACGUGCUUGGCCAAAUGCCCAUAUUCGAUUCUCUUAUUUCGAGAAAAUCAUUGCUACUUCCAAUGCACGUUUGGACGUAACAACGGCAACAGAUCCGCCAUAUUCAUCCGCGCUCCUAUUAACUUGCCUAGAGAUCAUGCACAUCACCUUGGGCAGGAACACCCGGCCUAACACUUUUUUCAUUGACAAUGUUUUAAAAGCCCAGCUGUUGAUUUGCCCUUGUUUUUUUUACGUGCGGAGCACAGAAGUUCAGUUGAAGCUGCAAGGACUUUUGUCCAGAAUAGUAGUGUUGUACCCCCCUAUAAAGUCCUGUAAUUCUACAAUGAUGUUUUAUCAGCGUGUCAAAUAUGUAAUUGAAUCUCGACUAAUUACUGCAAUGGAAAAUCAUGGUACGUCAAAUAGACACGGGGACUGGGCGAGCGCUUCAAGCUUCAAAUUGGUAGCCUACGUACUACCUAUCAUUAAGAUUAUUGAUGCUGCAUGUAAGUCUGCACCUGCGUAUAUACUAAAUCAUGGGCAUCAACUCCUGAGAGUGGGUCAGAUUCUUAUUUUCCAGCACUUAAAUUCAAUCCGCAAGAACCCCCCCUCGCAAUCAAAUUCCUGCCACGCAACGCCGACAUUAUCCGUCCUGACAAAAACCAUUAAAUCAACAUAUGGGCACUGCGCAGGAGAACCAGAAAUCACCGGUGAUUUUAGUCUUUCACUGGGUGUGAUAGAUGCAAUUCUUAUCAUUUUUUCGCUUCUUGCGCAAGCAGUGACCGAUAGUCUUUUACUAGGAAUGCGUCGUGAGCUUAUCGUUCUUGUGUUUGUUUGUCUGGAACGAAGCAACUCAACACUACUCGUGCGCAAGGUUUCCAAAUUAGUGUCUGGUUGGCUCGUCAAGGUCAAAUCACCCCUCUCCAGGAAAGAAAAAACUGCGUUUAUCGAACACAUGUUGGACAUUGACAAUCUGACAGAUGCGGCAUUGCAACCUUUGCACGCUCGUUUUCUAUGCACACUUAACCAAAUUUCUAAGGGCACUUUUUGCCAAGGAAUCGGGUUGUCGGGCACGCAGACUAAAAGGCUUUCUGUGGGGCGGGGGCCAGGUAAAGGGUCAAGCACCGUGGGUCUAUUGGCGGUACAUCCAGGAGUCCGUGCGACCUUCCGUGGUCUCCUCAUGCAUGAUGUCAUAAAGUGUGCCAGUCAUCAUGUCAUUAAAAUGUUCGAUCUUGAUUGGUCUCCCCUUUCUAAUCGUUUUUGGCUCGUGAUUCUCAUUGAGGUAAUCCUAGAUGGCAUAGAUGCGGAUGGGCCGGUCAGGCUCACGACUCAAUUUGCGCAGGCACCUUCGUUGUUUAGCGAAUUAUUCUUACCCAGGUCAUUAGAGACACUUAUUUGUCUCGAUAUAAACCUUCAAAGGCAAUACACUACUGCGCGAUGUUGCUUUUUACAACAAUGUGGAACACUUAAGAAUUUUAUCGAACCUCUUAAGGAGGUGGUCCACGCGCAUGUUGGACUGGCAGAGAGGUUUUGGAUUGACAUGUUACCUCACGUUUGCUGCAGUGUUAAACAAUGUCAUCAGCGACAGUGGCAAAUUGCGCUGACAAAUUCAAUUUUUACGCACUUCGCGUCAUCGCAUUCUCAUCCGAAGCUACAAGUCCCUGCUAUGUUCCCACUUAGUCAAGUAUAUGCAACCAGCAACGACGCACGAUUUCGGCCAAGCGCCUCUUUCUCGAAGACACGGGUUGCAGUGCCCUCCUCUAUCGGGUUUCCCCUGAGUUUUACAGACACAGUAUUUACCACAACAAGUGUGCCGCGGAUUUUGAUUCAGGGAUGCAAGUUCCCCCUGCCAGGAUGCUUGGCUGGCAAACAGAAGGCCCAGGUCCUUGUGAGGAUGCUGUCGUCUGCUGCUGCUAGACAUAAUUCCUAUCACGCAGUCUUACACAUCAUUGAAGAGGUUUUUGUGAUGCGGCAAAAUUUGACACCGCAGCAUGUUUCUAGGUUACCGGAAUUGCACUGCGCAUCAUUGUUUAGUAGUUUGCAGGAAACUGAUAUGAAGGUGGGUGCUUUAGCCGACGGUUGCACCAACCCCAUGUCCUCCAUCGCAUUUUCGCUUCGGCGAUACGGCUUUAUUCCUCAAGCUCAACAUAUCUUUCUUAGUAAUAUGGUGUCAGCUCUUCGCCAGACCCACCAUGAUGCCACCGGUGUGAAACCGCUUUCAUCCUGCAUCUUUGAGGCUGACGUGUGGUGCGCAGAGUGGCUAGCAUGUGCUCGCGAUAUGUCUCAGUGGCUGCUCUUGUCAGAUUUGUUUAAAUAUACCCCUGCUUCUCUCCCUUCAGGGUUGCUGAGACCAACUUUGUGUCUUGAAGCAUCCUGGAAAUCACACAAAUGGGACUAUGUUCGGAAGCAUCUGAAUGGGAGCAAACAACCAGAGCAACUAACACCUCAGGUCAAGCUGUUACAAGCACGAUUGGCAGUGGUUGAAGGGCUUUAUUCUGACGUCGAAGACCUCUGUGGGGAAUGUAUCCAACUCGCAUUGGAAUCAUGGAGCAGCUUACCCAGACCGCAUUUGGGAGUAGCUGUACAUGAUCAACUACUACAUCUAUUUCAUGAGCUUAUUGAAGUCCACGAAAGCAGCCAACUACUCCACGAGGCAUCGCAACACUCUCGUGCCUUUACAUAUCCUGAUCUCAGUACCAUGACACAUACAUGGCGAAACCGACUGCCAAACACCUGGGACAGCAUGUCCGGCUGGGAUGACAUAAUGCGAUGGCGUGAGCAUAUUUUCUUGUCGAUAGAGAAGGCUUUCGCGUGGGGUGCAGCCAACAAGAUUCUCCGACUUCAUGAUGCACCAUGGACAUUGGUUACACUGGCUCGCGUCGCGAGAAAACAGGGGCUACGGGAGGAGGCACAGUAUGGCAAUAAGGAUUUGAAUGAUAUUCAGAUGAAUAUCGAUAAUGCAUUCCACAAUGUUCGGGAACGACUUUUGUCGUUUUGCAAUGCUGAUGAUCGUAUGUUUCGAAGCACUCAAGCUGGCCUUAAUUUCAUCGACAAUAUGGUGAUUGAGGUAUUUAGCACAGAGCAGCGCGCUGAACUGUUCAGGCUUAAGGGAGUGUUCCUGGGGAUGUUAGGAAGGUUUAGGGAUGCGCAUUGCGCAUUUUCUGUUGCUACUCGAGGCUGCAGCAACUACGGGCGUGCCUGGUACUCCUGGGCUGUGUUGUGUGAUGUAAAUUGCUCGACCGAAGCAGCUUUAUCUUCAGUGUUGUUAAAUCGGCUUGUCAAAAACUCUUUCCUCUGCUAUCUCGCGGCAAUUGAAUGUGGCCAUCAAGAUGCAUCAGUGUGCGGACUGGCCCGUAUUCUGUGUUUGUUGCAGCAUAGCAAACAAUCUGACGAACUCCGUCGCCUGUUUCAUAUUCAUUCGAAGGUGGUACCCACAGGUGCAAUGAUUCCUUGGAUUCCACAGCUCCUAUCAAUGCUUGCUCUACCUGAAGUAAUAACUGCCGUAUGCUCACUUGCCAGUUCGACACCUCAGGCAAUAUUCUAUGCCUUAAAAUCUGAGACAACACAGGACCAGUCCUGCGCUGUAACGCAUACACAAGGAAAUAAACUUAUCUCCAGCAUCUACUCAAAUGAUUCAGUGCUUGCAACAAAAAUGGAUACACUGGGUGAUGAGAUGGUUUUGACCGCAAGACCCGGUCCGAGCGAAGAGCUGCUUCAUCUGUUGCGUUGUGUUUCUGGAGAACUGUGUGACAGUGCUCGGGAUCGAGAAUCUAAUAUAUUGUACGUGCUUCUGCACAAGGUCAGUUUGAGGUAUGUUGGUUGCGGACGUCUACAGUCGCUAGAUUUGAACAGCAUAUGGGUGGAAACUCCUACCCCAGUCAGAAAUGGGCGAUCUCCAUCAUAUCACUUAUCCCUCACAAGUAAUCUCGACACUUUGACUCGAAUCCUAGCAAAUCGAACUAUUGAGGUUGUGUCAACCAGGAGCUGCAAAUAUCCAUAUUCUACACUGUCUCGUCUACAGAGUGAGCGAAAACGCACCAUUGAAACUCGGCCAGGUACUAAAGGUUGCUUUCUUGAGGUUCCUGGUCAAUACACUAGUACCUUUGGCCUGUUUCGGCCGGAGUUGCAUCUACCGUUGAUACAGAUCGAUCCCCCUGCCUGUCUCAGAGUAAAGAGUGGAAAGUCAGGACAGCACUUUGCAUUUUCUUCCGACGAAGGACAGGUUCAGGUGUUCGCAUCUUCUUUUACUCGCUGUAGAAAUGCACAGGCAGAUGAAAGAGUAAGCCAAUAUCUUGGUGUCAUCGACUUUGCACUCGUUCGGUGCAAAGCUGCACAACAACGUCGCUUGCGAGUGUUACCUUUUGCGCAUAUUAGAUUUGGACCAAACUUUACAAUGAUGGAAGAUAGGUGGUCUUGGACAAGUCUCUGUGAAAUUGCCGAGUCAAGGAGCUCUGCCCUCGGUCAAGAAAAAAACGGUCUAGCUUCCUUUGCUCAAAUUCACACACAGGCUCUACUCUCUACAACAUUGUCUUUGAGAAAGCGUACUUGUGCGUCUCUUCAGGAUGCACGUCGGGCAAUCUAUAACAAAGUUUGCGCCGGCAAAGUGCCAAUGCAUGUACUUGCUACGUAUGUUCGUGCUACUCAUGAUGGCUUCGAGGGUUUAUGGACUUAUCGUCGAACAUUUGCUACUCAACUUGCGAUUCCCUCCAUCCUUGGAUUUGUUCUGGCUAUUGGUCCUGGCGGAACACAGGAAACAAUGCUCUGCCAUCACACUGGGCGUGUCCAUUUCAAUGAUUUCAGACCAGCCUUUUCGUUUAGUCGGUCUGCGUCCUCCGGAUCUCUACCGUCCUCCGGAUCUGUACCAUUCCGUCUGACACGGAACAUGGAGCGUUUACUACAACCUUUCCUUUUGCACAGCAUUUUCAAGACAACAAUCGGAACCAUCCUGCUUGCCAUGCGAUAUACUUUAGAACCAGGCGGGCUCCUAGAACCAUAUAUUUGCCUCUUUGUGGGCGCCGAAAUCGACGGUAAUAAUCAUGCGAGGUCACAGGGGUGCUUAACGAAAAUUUUCGAAGAAAAGAGGGCGAUCAUCGACCGUGUGUUGACGAUAGCACCACCCUUGAAGUUUUCACCCAGUGGCCUUCAGAUUGAAAGUGGCCUAACAAAACUAAUUCAUCUAGCUCAAUCGCCAGACUGUAUAGCUAUCAACGCACCAAACUGGGAACCUUGGCUAUAGAUACAAGCCAAUGUAAGCAUACUCGCAAAUUCGAGACUCUGGACUGGGCCAAUGGGAAAACAUUCCGGGGAAUACUCACCGCAGGCCCCAAUCAUAAUAGAUCAUGUUUUUGGCCCAGCCCUCGAAAUUUUUGAAGCCUGCGAAUUUGAAUAAUAAAUUUACAAAUCCACCUAGGACAGAGGAUGCGAAGGCCCGCAUCUUGCCGCUUCGCUUCCGAGUCCCCGCGGCUAAGCGGCAAGUGUGGACCUUUGCGUCAUAAGGUGUAAACUUUAAUGGGAUUAGGGCCUUUGCGCCAAAUUUGAAAUGGCCUAGGAGGACAUGGGGCCUGCAAGUGGGGGGAACGCCAGAUUUUGACAGGCACUGGCAUAGCGCGUUAAAUACAUAGCC